UCGCCUCCCUAUUACGGACAUGCAGACAUCGUUCAGCUGCUGCUUCAGUAUGGAUGUGAUAAAUGCCCAGCUGGAGCCCCAGCUGGAUGAGGCAGGACACGUUGCCGCCAGAUCAACACCAGCUGCUGUAGCAGCACACGGAGGACAUACAGAAGUAUUAAAGUGUCUGAUGGAAAGCAAGGCUGAUGUCAAUCUGGUCGACUGCAACUUUAACACUCCCUCCACUUAGCUUGUGAAGCCGGCCAUAAAAGGAGUGUUUUGAUACUAGCAAAAAUGUGUAAGAUCUCUCCCAGGAAUAAAGAUGGAAACACACCUGUUCAUCUAGCCUGCCAAGAGGGAAGAAUAGAUGUUGUUGAUAUUCUACUUAAAAGAAAUGCAGAUCUCACCAUACUAAACUUUGACAACUGUUCACCAUUACAUGUUGUAUGUAGUAAAGGUUAUUCCAAUGUUUUACAGCUAUUGCUGGAUAGAAUAGCAUAUCCAUUGCCAGUUGAUGGCUCCCAAACUCCCUUGCAUGUAGCAUGUCAGAAUGGACACUCAGAGAUUGUGAGGACACUUUUACAACACGGCGCUGGCAGGUCCGUUUCAGCUGGUAAAACCACACCCCUUGGAAUAGCUGUGAGAGAAAGACAUACUGGUGGUGUUAAACUGUUGAUAGAGAAAGGGGCUGAUGUAUCUGCUGAUGGUCGUUAUGGUGACACACUUCUGUCAUGUGCCUGUAAGAAUGGUCAUAUUGAUAUAGUCAAACUGUUGAUAGAGAAAGGGGCUGAUGUAUCUGCUGCUGGUGGUUGUGGUUACACACCUCUGUCAUGUGCCUUUGAGAAUGGUCAUAUUGAUAUAGUCAAACUGUUGAUAGAGAAAGGGGCUGAUGUAUCUGGUGAUGGUAAUGUUUACACACCUCUGUCAUGUGCCUGUGAGAAUGGCCAUAUUGAUAUGAUCAAACUGUUGAUAGAGAAAGGGGCUGAUGUAUCUGCUGUUGGUAGUUUUGGUUACACACCUCUGUCAUGGGCCUGUAGGAAUGGUCAUAUUGAUAUAGUCAAACUGUUGAUAGAGAAAGGGGCUGAUGUAUCUGCUGUUGGUAGUUUUGGUUACACACCUCUGUCAUGGGCCUGUAGGAAUGGUCAUAUUGAUAUAGUCAAACUGUUGAUAGAGAAAGGGGCUGAUGUAUCAAAUGGUGGUUAUGGUCACACACCUCUGUCAUGGGCCUACAGGGCUGAUGUAUCUACUGCUGGUGCGGAUGAUGAUUUCACACCUCUGUCAUGGGCCUGUGAGAAUGGUCAUAUUGAUAUAGUCAAACUGUUGAUAGAGAAAGGGGCUGAUGUAUCUGAUGGUGGUUGUGGUUACACACCUCUCAAGUCAUUGGCCCCUCACCAAGCUGAUGUAAAUGUGAUUGACAGGGACAAGCAGACCCCACUACAUAUUGCAUGUGCUGAGGGCCAUUUGAAAAUAGUUGAAGUCUUGAUUAAAAGUGAAGUCAAUGUAAAAGUGUCUGAUAAACAUUUACUCGUUCCACUGCAUCUCGCAUGUAGAGACGGACACAGAGAUAUUGCUGAUGCUUUGAUGAAGUCAUCAGCGGACAUUGAACCAUUUUCUGGGAAACGAUACACACCGCUAAUCUAUGCUUGUGAAGCCGGGCAUAUUGACUGUGUUGCACUCUUGCUGGAGAAUGGUGCUUGUGUCAACGUUGCAGGAUUUCGGGGCAAUACUCCUUUACACCGAGCAUCUGUUGGGGGUCAUGUGAAUGUUGUGAAGUUGUUGCUUUCUUGUGGAGCUGACCCAAUACGGGAAAAUGACAAGGGAAAGCUUCCAUUACACCAUGCAGUUCUGUGGGGCCACCUUGCCAUUGUUAACAUGUUAUUAGAUAAAACAAGAUUGUUCCUUCAUAAAAUGGAAAAUGUCAUGUCAUUGCUUGAAGGGGCAUGUGCAAGAGGACAUGCUGAGAUAGUGAAGAGGUUGAUCGAUUUCAUUCCAGGCGGUUCUAUGUCAUUCCUUCCCAUAACUUCUCUUGUCGCAAGUGUCAUCCGCGCAAACCACAUUAAACUUUUACCUGUACUAUCGGAUACAGGGCUGGACAUCAAACUGCAAGAUGAAUUUGGAAGGAACGCAUUGCAAAUGUUAUGUGAAAUGGAGGACUGUGAAAUAGACACGUUAGAGAAAGGUUUAAAGUUAGGAUUUGAUUUAUCAAAGACAACUGGACUAGGGGAAUCAAUGCUUCAUGUUGUCUGCAAAGUAGGAAAUAUUGAACUGGUGAAUUACUUGAUUGGUAAAGGAAUAGAUAUCCAGACAAAAGACACCAAUGGAGAUACAGCUCUCCAUGCAGCAUGUGCUCGUGGUCACUUUGAAAUAGCUGAAGUACUGAUUGAGAAAGGACUUAGUUUCAAUGAAAAGAACACAAGAGCUAUGAGUCCACUUGAUCUUGCAAUCAUCAAUACGCACUAUGGAGUAACAUGUGUAUAUGCCCUCUGGUAUGUUGUGUCAAAGUGUCGUCCACGAAUAAGCAUGAUAUCCCUCCAUCACAUUUGCCGGGACAACAAAAUACAGUUACUUUACAAUUCUGAGAUUGUUUUUGCUGAAAAAGACAGUGAUGGAAAUUCUGCUCUUCAUAUUGCCUGUAUGGAAGGAUCGGAAGAGAUAGUACAGUUAUUGAUAAUAGCAGGAGCCUGGUUGCUUGCAUUCAAUAAUCGUGGGGAGGCACCAGUGCAUAUUGCUUGCCAUGGACCAUGUCUUAAAGCUAUGAUGGAUGCAAUUCACAAGAAGAUCAAGGUCAAGGUUUUGUCACUGUGUGACAAAAAUGGAAAUACUCCACUUCACCUUGUAACAUGCGAACGGAAUCUAGGAAACUUGUGCAUUCUUUUGGAUAACAAUGUUGAUGUUGAAAUGGUAAACAGCUUUCAUCAAACUGCUCUGCACAUUGCCUGCUAUGGUGGGAAUGUGAACGUAGUUGAAAAACUCUUAGGAGCUGGAGCUAGUGCUUUAGCUAUUGACAAAAGUGGUAAUACUCCUCUUCAUAUAGUAUGCAAGGAGGGGAAUCUACCAUUGUUAAAGCUAAUAGACAACACAGAUGAUGUGAUUACUUCAAAGAAUUAUGAAGGAAGAACACCUUUCCACGAAGCAGUCAGCCAUGGACACUAUGACAUGAUCCAUUACAUGAUGACAGAAUACUGUCACUUUUCUGCCAUGGAUCUGUCCGUGCCGCAUCUUCAGCAGUUUAUCAGACAGGUGGGCAGAGAAGACUUCACGAGACUGAUGAUGGCUGAAGAGAUUGAUAUUGGCUCCCAUGGUAACACACCCUUACACAUUGCAGCAGAAACAGAGAGCCUUGAAAUGGUGAGAACUUUGAUCAGACGAGGGUACAGCUGCGAUGCUAGAAAUAAGCAAGGAAAGACACCCUUGUAUAAUGCAUGUUCAAGUGGAAGUGCAAACAUAGUAAAACUGAUUUUGCAAGAAUCGUCAUUGUCUAGUGUCAGUGAUUCUAACAAUAUGACACCUUUGCAUGUAGCCAGUUGGAAGGGCCACGUGGAUGUCGUGAAGCUUCUGCUGGAAUCUGACCCUGAUCUCCAGGCAAAAACCAAUGACGGACAAACAGCACUUCAUUUGUCUUGUCUGGAAGGACACAGGGAUGUUGCUGAAGUUUUAUUGAAGGCUGGAUCAGAUAUGAAUGCAUUAGACAGUGCUCUUGAUACACCUCUGCAUUUAGCUGCCAGAGCUGGUGUGUGUGAUGUCGUGGUUCUCCAGGCUAAGUGGGGAGCGAGGGACACACAGUGUAACAAGCACGGUGAUACUGCUCUUCAUGUAGCAUGUCAUGAAGGACAUGCUGAUGCUGUCAAAGCACUUCUCAACAUGGGGAGUGAUAUUCUAGCAACAAACAAUUCAGAAAAGACCCCUCUGAUGUUAGCCUGUGAUCGACAACAUGAGUCCAUUGUGGAGUUGUUGCUUCAUCGGUCAUGGCUGCAAAUACAAGUUCAGUGUUCACAGAACCAAAAUCAGGGCUUCUUACGGAGGAAAACAUUCAUGAACAAUCUAAACUACUGCCUUCUUGUGGCUUGUACGUACAAUUACAUUAACACAGUGAAACUGUUACUCAAGUAUGAUGUUGAUAUUAAUCACAGACGUAGUGAGUCCGAUAUAGGGAACAUAUGUAGAGACAGGACUGAGGGCAGCUGUGCAAGUGACAUGGACAAGGACAAGAUGGAGGGUGGUUGUACAAGACAUACGAACAGAGUUCAGAUGGACAGGGAGGCCGAACUUGAUACCCCAUUACAUAGCUGCUGCUAUGAAGGACAUUCUGAAUGUGUUGAGCUUCUCAUACAAGCCGGGGCACUGCUGGAACCAAGAACUGCUCGUGGGGACACGCCACUGCAUGUGGCUUGCAAACAAGGACAAGCGUGUAUUGUGGAAAUGCUAAUAGUAAAUAGGGUCUCGCUAUCGCCUGUGAAUUCUGAUAACAGUACUCCGCUACACUAUGCCAGUGAAGGAGGAUAUGAAGGCCUUGUGUCGAGACUGUUGGAAGCAGGUGCAGAUGCUGACGUCAGAGACGUUCACGGGAAAUCCCCACUUGAAGUAUGCAGCAGCCAAGGGGUGAAAAACAUCCUCCAUAAAAGGUAUGGAAGAAAAAGAAUUCAGGAAAGUUCACAGGAAGCUGAGGCUACCCCACUCAAAGUACCACGACACCAAUGAAGGAUCUAACUAGCUGAGGCUACCCCACUCAAAGUACCAUGACACCAAUGAAGGAUCUAACUAGCUGAGGCUACCCCACUCAAAGUACCACGACACCAACAAAGGAUCUAACUAGCUGAGGCUACCCCACUCAAGUACCACGACACCAAUGAAGGAUCUAACUAGCUGAGGCUACCCCACUCAAAGUACCACGACACCAACGAAGGAUCUAACUAGCUGAGGCAACCCCACUCAAAGUACCAUGACACCAACGAAGGAUCUAACGAGCUGAGGCUACCCCACCCAAAGUACCACGACACCAAUGAAGGAUCUAACUAGCUGAGGCUACCCCACUCAAAGUACCAUGACACCAAUGAAGGAUCUAACUAGCUGAGGCUACCCCACUCAAAGUACCACGACACCAAUGAAGGAUCUAACUAGCUGAGGCUACCCCACUCAAAGUACCACGACACCAACAAAGGAUCUAACUAGCUGAGGCUACCCCACUCAAAGUACCACGACACCAAUGAAGGAUCUAACUAGCUGAGGCUACCCCACUCAAAGUACCACGACACCAAUGAAGGAUUUGACUGGAUUAUGAGUAACCUAUGAAAAAGAUGAGACGUUUUCGUCUCUGCUGACACACACACACCUGGUAGAGAGUGAGUUAAAUCUCAACUGGGUUGUUCCUGGAUGCCUGACACUCCUGGUACAUCAUCUGUUAAUUAUGCAGAUAAAUGGAUUAUUCACAUCAUAUGACAACUAACUGCAUGUAUAUAUUCAGUGUACAUAUCUAAACAGUGGGCACUAGUGGGACGUUAGUUUUGUGAUCCAGUUGUACAGUGCUGAUAAACUGAAAUGUACAUAGACUGUACACCAUAUCUGUCAACUCAGGAAUGAUAGUAGCACCUGUACUGAAACCUGAAGUCUGCAUGACAAUCCAUAUUUAAAUGUGUAUAUUAAUGGUGUUCAAAUACAGAAAACAGCAUUGUAGAAGGUGUAUAUACUUGUCUAGUAACUAUCAGAAAGAAAUCGGUCCACCAAGUUUUAUAUUACAUUGACCACCUGCACCCCAUGAGUGACCUCAUUUUGAACUAUACUGAUGGAAACAAAUAAGGGAACACCACUUCAUGGUAAUGUUCCUUUAUAUAUUUCUUAGAUUUC